AUGCAAAGGCAGAAGCACACCAUCAUUUUCGAGCCCGUUCCGGCCCAGGCCAUGGCUGGUAUUUGUGGUGGGAGCAAAGAAGGGAUGGACCUCAUCAACGGUAAUCAAGUAGGGCGCGAAUCUUACUUCGGACGAUUUUUAAGAAUCUCCUACCCCUCGCUCUCUCCCGGGACGGGGCUCGAGUCUAUCAACAGGGCAGCGGUCCAGGUGCUUUUAGCGUCAAUGAACAGGCUUGAGAAUACGAAUGGAAAGGUCAAGGUAGACUUGUGGCAUUGGAUUCGCCACGAGAUGUUCCUUGCUACCACAGAAGCUAUCUAUGGACCACAUAACCCAUUUCGUUGCGCUGCUAACGAGGAUGCUUGGUAUGAGUUUGAGGAAGGUAUAAUGCUACUAUUGAUGAAAAUGCAUAAACUAUCUCCCCAAGGUCGAUCCAGCUUCAAAGCCCGCGAAAUGCUAGUGCAGGAGUUCUCCCGGUACUAUGAACAAGGCCACCAUCGAAUUCCUGGCAUUCCCAAUCUAUGCUUGGUACAAGCCUGUUACAACUUCAAUGUGUCUCAAGGACUUCCGCUCAACGAUAUAGCGCGCAGCGAACUAGGUCAUGUUGCGUCCCGUGUGAGCAACACAAUCCCCGGGGCAUUUUGGAUGCUGUGGCACGUUAUCUCAGAUACCACCGUGCUGGCAGACUGUCGAACAGAGAUAGAGCAGGUAGUUACCAUAAACGUUGUACAGCAGAAAGGAACUGAUGGACAGAUUUUCGAAAAGGAGGUCCACACCAUCGAUCUGUCGCAGCUGACGAACCGCCGGGUCUGCCCGGUCAUCAUGUCCACCUGGUAUGAAGUUCUACGAUACAACCACGUCGGUAUCUCAGCCCGCGUGGUCACGAGUGACACUCGUCUAGACAGGUAUCUAUUAAAGAAGGGUAGCACAACAAUGGUCGUAGGAUCCGUCAUGCACAGCGACGUGUCUGCAUGGGGCCCGUCGGCGACAGAGUUUAACCACCUCCGUUUCUUGAAAAACGAUGGUCCUAGCGAUAGCCAGAUUACUCCUGACAGUAAUCGGAAAAGUAUUCCACACGCGAAGAAUCAUACCGAUAACAUCAACCCUGAAAAGGGCCCCGCCAACCGCCUCUUCGGCGGCGGCUCAUCAUUGUGCCCAGGUCGACAUCUCGCCAGCCAAGAAAUCUUAUCAUUACUAGCGCUAACAAUCAUGCGCUUUGACUUGCGCCCUGUAAGCGGGCAGUCCUGGAUACCACCGAAGAAAGUCAUUCCCUUGCCGACCGCGUUGCCCAUUCCUAAGGCUACCUACUCGGGCCAUUUAGACAUUGAAAUAGUAACUAGACAUCCGGGAAGGGAGUGGCGUGUCGUAUUCGGCAAAGAGAAUCUUGCAGAUACAUAA